GCCAAUCGACUACCUCAGUCUGGAUCAAAAUGGCGCCAUAGUGCUGGGAUGUCGUGCGGUUGUUACAUGUCAACAUGUCACUCCUUAGAGUUUGUGCCUUCGUUAAAUGUCUCAAUCGGCGCCGUUUUCUCGAAAAAUGUACGUCUCGCGCCCUUCUUACUGAUUGCUGCCAGCUGUGUCUGUCGAUGAAAAAUACCGCAGUAAAACGACUACCAGAUACUCAUUUGCAUAUUCGAAGAAACGUCUCAUUUUCUGUCAGGAAGACAGACGAUGCAAAGAAACGUGUGGUCAAACAGUCUCAGCUAUUAGAUGUGUUAGAGGCCAGGAUCCAGCAACUCCAACCCGAAGGUCUUCUUGAUGUCCAAAAAGCAAGUGUGGAAUUUCUUCAUGCCACCUCAUCAGGGAUGCACAUCUCCGCUGCCAGAACUCCUACAAACACACUUCCGAAGAGACCCGACGUUUCCAAAUCAGCUCUGAAUGUCAUAAGGGAAUCCUCUAAAUCCCAGCCCACUCGCUGGAUGGAAAAAUUAACUCUGGAGAAGAAAAGCAAAAUGAAAAAACGGCAACACCUGGGGGAGAAACUGCAGAAGAAACACCCCGGUGGUAAAGGGAACCCGAAUCUUCCUGGCACAAGUUACAAAAAAAUAUCGACAACUGUUUUGAUUGAUGACAGCAAUGUGAAUCCUAGCGCUCAAAAUGCAAAAUCACAAAAGGCCUCCAAAGGCAAACGAAAGGACCCAAAAAAAAAACCUCCCAGUGUUACAAAUCAGGUGACUGAUGAGGACCUCGCACAAGUGGAGGAAUUGGAGAAGAGGCUCACCCAGCAAGUGAACCCGUGGUCUUACUCAAAUCUAGCAGACCAACCUCUACAAGCCAAAGAAGGAGCCGUUGGGAAUAUCCGCUCUUGUAUUUUCUCUUGGCUGGAAGCGUGCGUUUUUGCAGGGGACAUCCGGCGAGCGAACAAUUUCCUAUUUAGUCAGCACAGAUUACGGAGUCGACGGGCAGCUCUUGACACGGACGUCUAUAAUAUCAUGUUGCGAGUCUGGGCCAAAAAGGGCACCUUGAAUUGGGUUGGCCGUUUGUUUCUUCUCAUAGAGGAGGCAGGCCUGCGACCAAAUAUUGGAUCAUAUUGUGCUGCUUUGGAAUGCAUGGGCCGUAUUACUUACUGCUCUCCUCAAAUUGUUAGUAGGUGUUUGAACCAGAUGGAGGAGGAUGGCAUCUCCAUAGACGAUAUCUUCAGGCAUUCUGUGUUCCAGCUUGAUGAAAGAGACAUGGUACUAAAGGCAGUACGCCUCAUCCACCCCGACUAUCAGCCUGCCAGUAAACUCAACACCAGCGAGAGCCUCCCUUCGUUGGUUCAGGAUUUCUACACAAAGAGGGAUGAUCACCAAUACCCGAAGCUGGAUUUGACUCAUGAUGAGCUCCAGAAACGUUUCCAACUCCAGCUCAAAAUGGAACAGGCCUGCACAGUCACCAUUGACUCUGUGGAGGCGGCCAAGCCUAUCACCGAAAACAUGGCAAAAAUGAGGGCAUUGCUGCUGGAGCAACGGGCUCAGUGGCACAAGGCACUUCUCCAGGCCUUCAGGGAGGGCAAGAUGAACCUGGGGAAGACCAACAGCAAUGACUCCAGACUGAACCUCUACCCCUACCUCUGCCUGCUGGGAGACAACAGCUAUGUGGACAUCAUGUUGCAGAGUAUUUCCAGCAUGCCACCCAGCGGAGAGUCCCUGGUGACUUUAGCCAAAGAUUUGGGAUGCCGUGUUUACACCAAGUACUCUGUACAGCAGAAGUACAGAAAUCAGAUGGUGGAAAAGCUGGGCAACAUUUACAAUGCUUAUACAAGCCUUCUAGCCAAAGACACCAAGGCAUACAACAUCCUUCCCAGGGAAGAGUGGUGCAAGGUGGAGGCGGAGCACCCAUCAGGGCCCACACUACUGGGGAGUGAAUCCUCUUGGCCUUACAUAAUCACACUGGAGCUUGGAACAUACCUGCUGGAUCUGAUGGUCAAGAACCUGAAAAUCAAUAGCGACAUCCUCAACUCAGCCUAUGAUAGGAAGCGAAUUCCCAUCCUCUACCACAUGUAUACUUUUCGCAGCAACCGACAGGUGGGCUUCAUUAAGCCCCAUCCCAUCUUGAUUCAGAUGCAGCAGGAAGCCAUGGAGAGUAAACUGACCUUCGACUCCUCCGUGAUACCAAUGUACUGCCCUCCUGUCCCCUGGACGUCAGCCAAGUUUGGCGCGUACCUGCUGACGCCCGUGAAGCUGAUGCGGAGUGUGGAUGGGGCUACCCAGCAUGAGGAGUUAUUAAAGAGGUGCCAGAAUCUUCACCCAGUAUUGGACUCCCUUAACCAACUGGGAAACUGUGCCUGGAGGAUCAACAAACCUCUUCUGGACAUAAUUAUUUCUAUCUUUAACAAUCUAGGUGAUGACAAGCUAGACAUCCCUCCUCCCAUGUCAGAGGCCCCUAAAAUUCCCCUCUUCAACCCGCAGGACACCUCCUACACUGCCACUGAGAAGGCCCACAUGAAACGGGAUGUUAUUAAUGCCAGAAAAAAAUGCAGUGAAAUGCACAGCUUGCGCAUGGAUGCUCUCUAUAAACUUUCCAUUGCCAAUCACAUCAGGGACGAGGUCUUCUGGUUCCCGCAUAAUAUGGAUUUCCGAGGCCGAACAUACCCUUGUCCCCCUUACUUCAAUCACCUGGGAAGCGACGUGACCCGCUCCAUCCUGCUGUUCGCAGAGGGAAAGCCGCUGGGGCCAAAGGGUUUGGACUGGCUUAAGAUCCACUUAGUCAAUCUGAUGGGUUUAAAAAAGAGGAGCUCCCUGCAAGGAAGGCUGGAGUAUGCCAACUCAAUCAUGGAGGUCAUUCUAGACUCUGCUGAUUACCCUUUGAAUGGUAAGAAAUGGUGGAUGAAUGCAGAUGAGCCAUGGCAAGCACUUGCCUGCUGUAUGGAAAUCGCCAAUGCAGUGAGAUCUCCAGACCCAACACAGUUCGUCUCUCAUUUUCCUGUACAUCAGGAUGGCUCCUGCAACGGGCUCCAGCACUAUGCCGCACUUGGCCGAGACAUCAUCGGGGCCACGUCAGUCAACCUUAUGUCCUGUGACGUGCCGCAGGAUGUGUACAGUGUAGUUGCGCAGCAGGUGGAGGAGUUCCGAGCCCGUGAUGCCGAGUGCGGCCUGAAAAUCGCCCAGGUCCUGGAGGGCUUCAUCAACAGGAAGGUGGUCAAGCAGACCGUGAUGACCGUGGUGUAUGGGGUCACGCGCUACGGGGGAAGGCUCCAGAUCGAGAAGCGCCUGAAGGAGAUUGAUGAGUUCCCUAAGGAGUAUGUGUGGGAAGCAUCUAAUUACCUGGUGCGACAGGUGUUCAGUGGCCUGAAGGAGAUGUUCACAGGGACAAGAGAGAUCCAGGACUGGCUGACGGAGAGUGCCAGACUCAUAUCUAAGGCGGGACACACCGUGCAGUGGGUGACGCCCCUGGGCCUGCCUAUCAUCCAACCCUACCACCACACACGUAACCAAAUGCUCAGGAGCGUCAUCCAACACAUUAACCUCCAGAUCAGCCAUGACACCAAACAGAGACCGGACACAGUAAAACAGAAGAACGCGUUCCCGCCAAACUUCAUUCAUUCACUAGACUCAACACACAUGAUGUUGACAGCGCUUCACUGCCACAGCUUCGGUUUGACGUUCGUCUCAGUUCACGACUGUUUCUGGACACACGCGCUCACGGUGGACACCAUGAACAAGGUCUGCCGAGAGCAGUUUGUGGCACUGCACAAUCAGCCCAUCCUGCAAGAGCUGUCCGACUUUCUGCUCCACAAGUACUGCUCUAGGCUUACAGCUGACAGCAAAAACAAAAAGUAUGUGGAGGACCGCAGGCUCAUGCUUCUACUGGCCAGAGUGCCACAGACAGGGGACUUUGAUUUGAACCUAGUAAAAGAAUCCACGUACUUCUUCAGCUGAGCACCUCCACAGAGUCUCCACGGACAGUGCCAGUAUUGAUUCCGGACCACGCCGCCAGUUUUCUCCUGCUUCUCGGCCCCCUAAGAUGUUUGGCAUCCUGCUCUAGAGCCUGAUUGCACGAGCUCUUGAACGCAAAAGGGCGGGAGGACGAGGAAAACUUGAAUCAAGCAAAAGAGGCGCAUUUCUUGCUUCGGGGUGAUGGAGCUCCACUCGUGCUCCUCGAGUAGAAGUGAUUGGCGGCGUGCGUGUGUGUGCGCACGCACGCGAGACUGGUUGGCAGGCAGGUGUGUGAGGUUCCCCGCCAAGUAGAGACUUGCCAUCAUCAUUAUCGGAUCACAUCAUCAUCUAUCAAUCAUGGACUACAAGCAGAGGGGUGGUCAUAAAUAGCAAUUUGUUGUGGGCCAUCAUGCCAAUUGAAAAUAAAUAGUGGAACUAUUGUGAGAACUUUAUCUGCACUUUUGGGAAAAAAAAUCAUGACAUGAAAAUAAAGUCAGAAUUUAGGGGGGGGGGGGCGUAAUAUGAGAAUAAAGCUGCAUGUUUUCAAGACAAAUACGCCUUAAAAAUGAUCACAUUUCCCAUUAAAAAUUUGGAAUAAAUGUAUUUUUUAAGGGGAAUUUUUAAAUUCAAUUAUUUUCUAAUUUUUAACUUGAUCUCAAUAUAUUUUUGAUUUGUUUUUUCUUGAAAAAGUCAAAACACCUGCAAAAACAAUACGUUAUUUAAUGAAAGUAUUUUUUUAAGAGGGAAAGAGUAAGGUAACACUUAAUUUGAGAUUGGCUUCAUAAGACUGUCAUAAGACCGUCAAAAUUAUGACGCUGUCAUGAGCAUUAAUGAAUGCUUAUGAAAAAUGUCAUUAAGUGUCAUCCAGCAAAUUUUGUCACCAAUUGAUGUUCAAUCCGCAUCUUUUACAUCCAUUUAAAUGUAAAAUAAUUUUAUAGUUGGUAUUAUUUAAUGCUCACGACAGUGUCAUCUCAUAAUUAUGACGGUCUCUUGACGCCAGUGUCCCCAAAAAGUCAUUUUUAUCAAAUGAAAUUUUCAAAUGCACUUAAAAUCACUUGUAUUGUAUAAUUUCACCUUUGAACGUAAACGUAAAACCUCAGCAAAAAAAUAUUUUCAAGAAAACAGCAGGGAGUUCUUUGGAAAGUGGAUUCAAUGCAAUUUUUUUGUGUGUGUGUACAGUAAUUUUCGUAGUAUAAGGCGCACCUGACUAUAAGCCGCAGCUGUCUUCACUGUUUUAUGGGAUAUAUACACUAAACGAUAUUAACCGGUAACCCUUUAUUUGACAGCGGCAUCAUACAACUGUCAUAAGACCAAAUGAACCACCAUGAUGCUUUGAACCAAUUGCCUGCAAAGCUUCAUUGCUUCAAGAAGCUUCAUUUGGCCAUCACUGCUCCCUUGGGGGAGACAUUCAACCUCUGCUGCCACCUGCAGUCAACGCUGUUGUCGUCCAAUAUGCCUCCUAGAAUGCAUUGCAGCGCUACAGAUGUAAAUAACAAAAUUCAUGUUCUGUGCUAAUUAUUUCUUCAGUUACUGUUCCAGUUGUUUCAACAAUUGCUAGUAUUUGGUAAGGCAAGGCAAGGCAAAUUUAUUUAUAUAGCACAAUUCAACACAAGGCAAUUCAAAGUGCUUUACAUCACAUGAAGAUCAUAAAAAUCACAUUUAAAUCAACACAACAUAGAAACGACAAAAGAUCGCAUUUAAUCACAGAAUAAAAAUAAAUAAAAUAAAAAUAAAAACUAAUAAUAAUAAUAAUUGAAAUCAGCAAUGGAGAUAAAAACAAGAGGAAUAGAAAGCAGGUAGAUUGAAAUAUAUAGACAGUUAUAGAUAUGCAGUGCUAAACAAAAGCGUUUUUAGCCCUGAUUUAAAAGAGCUAACAGUUUGAGCAUACUUCAGACGUUCGGGUAACUUGUUCCAGAGGUGAGGAGCAUAAUAACUAAAUGCUGCCUCACCCUGCUUGGUUCUUGUUCUUGGAACAUGCAGAAGACCGGUUCCAGACGACCUUAGGGGUCUAGAUGUCUCAUAGGACUCUAACAAGUCAAGCAUGUAUUUUGGUCCAAGGCCAUUAAGUGUUUUGUAGACGAGCAGUAGUAUUUUAUAGUCUAUCCUUUGACUUAAUGGAAGCCAGUGUAGCGAUUUCAAAACUGGUGUAAUGUGGUCCAGCUUCCUUGUAUUUGUGAGGACUCUGGCUGCAGCAUUCUGUACCAGCUGCAACUUCCUGACUGAUUUUUUAUCAAGACCUGUAAAUAUACCGUUGCAAUAGUCCAAUCUGCUGAAAAUGAAUGCAUGCAUAAGAUUUUCCAUGUCUUGUUGAGUCAGAAGCCCCUUAAUUCUGGUUAUAUUUUUUAGGUGGUAAUAAGCGGAUUUAGUGACGGACUUUAAAUGGCUAUCAAAUUUUAGGUCUGAGUCAAUAAUUACGCCAAGGUUUCUGACUUGAUUUGUAGCUGUAAGUGACAUUGUGCUAAGUUCGCUGCUUAUCUUUGACCUUUCCUUUAUUUGACAGUGGAUCCAUAAGACUGUCAUUAGACAAUCAAAAUUGUGACAGACUCAUGAGCAUUAAGGAAUCCUUACAACAGAUGUCAUUAAGUGUUAUCCGGCAAAUUAUCUCACUUUUGAAUGGAUGUAAAAGAUCCGAGCUGGACAUAAAUGGAGUUAGUGACAUAAUUUGCUGCCAUAUGACAUCUGUCAUAAGCAUUCAGUAAUGACCAUGAUAGUGGCAUGUCAUCAUUAUGACGGUCUUAUGACACCACUAUCAAAGUGUUACCUAUUAACCCAAAUACAGUGGGGAGUACAAGUAUUUGAUACACUGCCGAUUUUGCUGGUUUUCCCACUUACAAGCCAUGUAGAGGUCUGUAAUUUGUAUCAUAAGUUCUCUUAAACUGUGAGGGACGGAAUCUAAUACAAAAAUCCAGAAAAUCACAUUGUAUGAUUUUUAAAUAAUAAAUUUGUAUUUAACUGCAUGAAAUAAGUAUUUGAUAAAUUACCAACUAGUAAAUAUUUCGGCUCUUAGUUCUUUUUUAAGAACCCCUCCUGUUCUCCAAUCAUUACCGGAAGUUCACGUGCUCAAACAAACAAACUCCAACCUCUCCACAAUGGCCAAGACCAAAGAGCUGUGUAAGGACAUCAGGGAUAAAAUAUUAGACCUGCACAAGGCUGGGAUGGGCUACAGGAAAAUAAGCAAGCAGCUUAUUGAAAGGUAACAACUGUUGGAGCGAUUAUUAGAAAAUGGAAGAAGUUCAAGUUGACGGUCAAUCUGCCUCAUUCUGGGGCUCCAUGCAAGAUCUCACCUCGUGGGGCAUCACUGAUCAUGAGAAAGGUUAGGGAUCAGCCCAGAACUACACGGCAGGACCUGGUCAAUGACCUGAAGAGAGAGCUGGAACCACAGUCUGGAAGAAAACCAUCGGAAACACAUUACGCCGUCAUGGAUUAAAAUCCUACAGCGCACGCAAGGUCCCACUGCUGAAGCCAGUGCAUGUCCAGACACGUCUGAAGUUUGCCACUGACCAUCUGGAUGAUCCAGAGGAGCAAUUCUAGAAGGUCCUGUGGUCGGAUGAGACCAAAAUUGAACUUUUUGGUCUAAACUCGGCUCGUCGUGUUUGGAGGAAAAAGAAGGAUGAGUACAACCCCAAGAACACCAUCCCAACCAUGAAACAUGGAGGAGGAAACAUCAUUUUUUGGGGCUGCUUCUCUGCCAAGGGUACAGGACGACUGCACCGUAUUGAGGGGAGGAUGGAUGGGGCUAUGUAUCGCCAGAUCUUGGCUGACAACCUCCUUCCUUCAGUGAGAGCCCUGAAGAUGGGUCGUGGCUGGGUCUUCCAGCAUGACAACGACCCAAAGCACACAGUCAAGGCAACUAAAGAGUGGCUCCGUAAGAAGCAUCUUAAGGUCCUGGAGUGGCCUAGCCAGUCACCAGAUCUGAACCCGACAGAAAAUCUAUGGAGGGAGCUGAAAGUCCGUGUUGCCCGGCAGCAGCCCCGAAACCUGAAGGCUCUGGAGAAGAUCUGCAUGGAGGAGUGGGCCAAAAUCCCUGCUGCGUUGUGUGCAAACCUUGUCAAGGACGACAGGAAACGUUUGAUGUCUGUAAUAGCAAACAAAGGUUUCUGUACCACAUAUUAAGUUCGAUUUUUGUGAUGUAUCAAAUACUUAUUUCAUGCAAUUAAAUGCAAAUUUAUUAUUUAAAAAUCAUAUGUUAUUUUCUGGUUUUUUUUGCAUUAGAUUCCGUCCCCCACAGUUGAAGAGAACUUAUGAUACAAAUUACAGACCUCUACAUGCGUUGCAAGUGGGAAAACCAGCUAAAUCGGCAGUGUAUCAAAUACUUGUUCUCCCCACUGUAAAUCAACAAAUAAGCUGCGGGAUUCAAAAUGAAGGAAAAAAGUAGCGGCUUAUAGUCCGAAAAUUACGGGAAGUUGGAAAUUUGACAUUCACACAAACAUUCCGCCCCUCCCCCACAGAUAACUGUUCAACCUAACAAUAAUAACUCACAAGAUUUUUUUUUUUUUUUAAUUAUUCUAAAAUCACUCAAAUUUACCUGCUUUCCCCCUCAUUAAAUUGCAACUUCAAUCAUGUCAUAUAGUCUGACUUUCAAAAUAAGAAAUUUUACUCUGAAGAAAUCAUGACUUUUUCUUCCGUAAAUUAUGUAAUCUUCUACAAUGUUACUUUACUGUCUAAAAAUGUCGUAUCCCUUUCUUCUUUUCAGUGUGGCUCUUACACAGAUUUAGACUACAAGUAUAUAAAAAUGUGACAGCUGUUCCAAACCACAGUGUUGUUUGAAGUACAAGAAUAUUCUAUUAAAAUGACAUGCUGUCUUUUUUAAACUUCACCACAAACAAUUCUGCUGCUCCCAUCUCUUCUUCCUUCACCUAAAAUACUUCAGCACGCGGCAUUUAAAAAUAGCACGAGUGCUUUGGGAUGCCUUUUGAAUAGCCAUUUUACGGAUAACUUGGUCAAACAAUUGAGGUGUCGUUCAUACUGUACUUCCUAAUUAUCGAUCCACUUCAAUCUAAUUGAUCAUGCCUGCUUACCUCUUAUUUAAGUGUGAUUUUUUUGUUUUUCAUCAUGAUUGUUUUUGUCCAAAAUGGACAUUUUUGUGGCGCCUGUACGUCAUUUGUGUGUGUGUGUGUGUACAUUAAAUGAAGAACAUGUUAUUUUUAAAAACCUGCCACUGUGGUUUAGUUCUGUGGUAAUUCGCAAACUCCUUACACCACCAAUUUGUUUUGAUAAUGUAUUCACUCCCUUUGACAUGGAUAGAUAUCCAAUCUAUUUGAACUCUUUCAGUAACAGUGAUCACUCCAGUGGUAUUCAUAAAAGAGGAAAACUGAUCUUGAAAACACUUAUUGACAGAAAUAGACGUACAAUCCAAUUCAACUGUUAAAAUGGAUUGGACAUCUAUUGCAGUCAAUGGCACCCUAAGAGUAUAGAUAUGUUAGUUCACAGGAGAUUUAUAAAACAAAAUGAGUGAGAUAAAAUAUCCACAGGAAAAUUCACAAGGGCCACACUUUUAUUUGAAGUGUAUUUGAAGUGAUCCCAUUCUUCUUUUUUUUUUUUUUUUUUCCCUUUCAGCGCCUUCUCUGGUUCAUCCAAAUUAUCUUUUUUAACAAGUACUCCUUAGUUUAACAUCCAUACAUUGUUUUAGUUUACAUAUAUAAAUUAGGUCUGUCAAAAUUAUUGCGUUAACAGGCAUUAAUUUUUUUUUUUUUAAUUCACGUUAAAAUAUUUGACGCAAUUAACGCACAUGCCCCGCUCAAACAGAUUAAAAUGACAGCACAGUGUCAUGUCCACUUGUUAUUUGUGUUUUUUGGUGUUUUGUCGCCCGCCCCUGGCGCUUGGGUGCGACUGAUUUUAUGGGUUUCAGCCCCAUGAGCAUUGUGUAAUUAUUGACAACAAUGGCGAGCUACUAGUUAAUUUUUUGAUUGAAAAGUUAACAAAUUUUAUUAAAAUGAAAACAUUAAGAGGGGUUUUAAUUAGGGCUGUCAAAAUUAUCGCGUUAAGGGGCGUUAAUUUUUUAAAUUAAUCACGUUAAAAUAUUUGACGCAAUUAACGCAUGCACUGAAUGAGCCGCUCUCGCAUUGCCUCAAACAGAUUUCAAUGACGCCGUUUAUGGACAUUAAGAGUGAAGAGAAUGCCACUGGCCGCUUGGGGGCAGCGCAGCGCCGUUCCAUACUAAUGUUAUUCCUUCUAAUAGUGGGAGAAUUAGUAGUUGUGAGACAUUUAUGCUGUUGCUUUGUGCUCCACACAUAUUUCGGUAAGUUUGGCAAUUAUGUGUCUCUUGUUGUAUUUUGGGUAAGAUAUGCACAGAGAUAUAUCUGUUAUAAAGGCGAGUGGACACAGGCGUUCUUUGGGCUGCGCCGUUUAUUGGCAUAAGCUUCUGCAACUCCUUCACAACAAACAGAAGUAUCAUUUAGUGAAAGCACAACAAAAAUACUAUUGCUAUCUCUCGAAAAAAAUAAUGUUCACAAAAAGAAAAGCACUUCAGUCUGUAGUAAUGAGGCCCUAUUCUCACACAGCUAAACAACAAUGCAAAGUGAACUGGCAUUACUCAAGAGUUUGGUCACUCAAUUCUUAUUAUUGUUAUUUUUAUUCUUAUUAUUAUAUUAACUCUACUUUUGAUUGAAAAUUGUACAAAUUUUAAUAAAACGAAAAUAUGAGGGGUUUUAAUAUAAAAUUACUAUAACUUGUAAUUACAACAUUUAUCUUUUAUGAACUACAAGUCUUACUAUCCGUGGAUCACUUAAACAGAAAGAAUGUUAAUAAUGCCAUUUGUGGAUUUAUUGUUAUAAUAAACAAAUACAGCACUUAUGUACAGUAUGUUGUAUGUAUAUAUCCGUCUUGUGUCUUAUCUUUCCAUUCCAACAAUAAUUUACAGAAAAAUAUGGCAUAUUUUAGAGAUGGUUUGAAUUGCGAUUAAUUGCGAUUAAUUACGAUUAAUUAAUUUUUAAGCUGUAAUUAACUCGAUUAAAAAUUUUAAUCGUUUGACAGCCCUAGUUUUAAUAUAAAAUUUCUAUAACUUGUACUAGCAUUUAUCUUUUAAGAACUACAAGUCUUUCUAUCCAUGGAUCGCUUUAACAGAAUGUACAGUACUUAUGUACAGUAUGUUGAAUGUAUAUAUCCGUCUUGUGUGUUAUCUUUCCAUUCCAACAAUAAUUUACAGAAAAAUAUGGCAUAUUUUAGAGAUGGUUUGAAUUGCGAUUAAUUACGAUUAAUUAAUUUUUAAGCUGUGAUUAACUCGAUUAAAAAUUUUAAUUGUUUGACAGCCCUAAUAUAAAUAUAUAUUUAUUACAAAAAAUUUAGCGAGGGAGAAGCCCGGCCCGACCCGAACGUAAUAAUUGACGUUUUAGGCCCGACCCUGCAUGAAAUUCAGGUCGGCUCAGG